CUCCCGGUAAAAGUGUUCAAGUACGGCAUCAGCGAAGUAGCGUAGCAAAAUUUAUUUACUUUCUUGAGGAGGAAUCUUGUAUGUUGAUUGUUGGCGCUCUGUGAGCGCGGAGGUAGUGCGUUAGAAAUGAUUGUAGUUGAAAGUUGAUAUCGUAAUAAAAAUUUUUAGUGAAAUUCAAGUUUAUUUCGGUGAAAGAAAAAUAGUUAGUUAUCCCAUAUUGCUUUGCAAUUCAUGUAUGUAGUCAUGGAUGUAACUCCGGUCUUUAAAGCAUGUGUCAAAACAUUAAGGACACGAAAUAAAGCCUUAGGUUUGGGUGACAAAGAUAAGUCAAUUUUGUCUAGCAGUUCUAAAGGAAAUAAAAAUAAAUCGGAAUUUACCGUUAAAGCUAAAGAAGUGCUGGGAACAAUUACGAAGAUGAGAGAUUUUUUAUUGGAUCAUCGUAAAGAUUAUAUUAAUGUCAGUCAUAUUUUGCAUGGAGUAUCAAAUAUGACAGAUUCUGACGGAUAAAUAAUAG